AUGGCAGGAUACUCUCAACAAGCGCAUCCUCUCCCACUAGGGCAGCCAAGAAGUGACCAAGAGGAAGGCAUUGUGCAAUCCAAGGAGCUUCAACGCAGGAAAAGCCUUAAACGGGUAGCAUAUAUUGUUGCCUUUGUGGUAUUUCAAACCGCAAUCAUCUUGCUAUUUGCACUUGUUGUCAUGCGCAUUAGAGCCCCCAAGGUCAAGCUAAGCAAUCUCAAGAUUGGCGACAUCUCCAUUACCAACACCACGGGUUUGCCAUCUUUCAACAUGAGUUUCACCACUAGAAUCACGAUAAAAAACACAAACUUUGGAAAUUACAAAUUUGAAAUCAGUAAUGUCACGUUCACGUACAAGGGUAUACUUGUGGGGCAUGCCAUCAUUCCCAAGGGGCAAGCAAGGUUUCGUUCUACUAAAAAAAUUGAGGUAACAGCAGAUGUGAACUCUAAUGGGGUCUUCAACAGCUUAGAGCUUAGAAAUGACAUUGAAUCAGGGAUUCUGAGGCUUGAGGGACGGGCUAAGUUAAGUGGAAAGGUGCAGUUGAUGAUGGUGAUGAAGAAGAAGAAGUCUACUGAAAUGAAUUGCACCAUGUCAAUUGAUUUGCCAUCAAAGAUAAUCAGAGAUUUGAGCUGCAUGUGA